AUGAAGAAUGUACAAUCUGUUACAAGCCAUGCAGCUUGUAAUAUGAUGGGGUCCACAAAUCCGCUCCUCCAAACUAUUACUAGUUUUGUACAACUCAGCCCUUAUAGGCCUUUUGGAACCUAUAUUUUGUGUUCGGGGAAUGGAAAGCUUGUUGUGGUGGAGAAUUCUGAUGCAGUGCUGCAACUACUGUUUUAUAGUUGUCAGUUGAAGAGUGGACAGGAAAUCGAAGAGGUUGGUUAUGAGAGUUUGAAAGAACAUUCUGGAUAUGAAAAUGAAUUGGAAGGGAGUUUAGAAAUGCAAAAUGUGGUUUAUUUGGAUAAUUACUUGAAAGAGGUUCCUCUGUCUUCGGAUGCCAGUGUGGUUGGUGAGGCAGCCACUGUUAAUGCAGCCUUGAAUGAUCUCGGCCUGCAAAUGAAGAGAAAUGAUAAUCUUGACAAGGUUGUGACCUUGUUAACCACAGUUCAUUCAGAGAAAACAAAUCUGCAGUAUUAUUGA